CUAAAAUACCAACAAUUAAAUAAAAUCAACAUGUUCAAAUUCAUCGCUGUUUGCUUCUUCGCUUUGUUGGCUGUUGCCUCUGCUAAACCCGGUUUGGUAGCUCCUUUGGCCUAUAGCUCCCCCUUGGCUUACACAGCUCCUGCCGCUGCUGUGGUUGGUAGCGCCGCUUAUGUUGCUCCUUAUGCCUCCAGCUACAAUGCCCAUAGUGUUGCCCACUCUGCUGCCUUCCCAGCCACUUAUGCUUCAGCUCCCGUGGUAGCUGCCUCACCAUAUGUAGCUUCACCCUAUGUUGCUUCGCCUUAUGUUGCCUCUCCCUAUGUUGCCUCUCCUUAUGUUGCUGCCUCACCUCCUUUGCUCUUGAAGUAAACUGUGAUUUAAAUUGGUUUUAGUUGUUGAUGGUGAAAUAAACAAAAAGUGAUACGUUAAAAUUUAAAAACAAAUAA